GGAAUUCUUCAAUACAUAUUACACGUGGGAUUUUAAUUGAUUACAUGUAACAUGUUCGUAAAUUAAGAAUUUUAUACAAUUGUAAGCAAUAUAAAUUCAUAAUUACAAAUAAUAUAACAAAUAGAAAAUUGUAAUGUACUACAUUACAAUAUAAUUUAAGAUAAUAAAUAUAGAAAAUUAAAAUUUCAAUUAAAAUUUAAAUUUCUGAAAGAAAAUAGUUACUUUGCAUUAAUAAAUCUUCUUUUACAAUAGUAUAAUAGAAUACAAUUUCCAUUUUCGAGAUUGCUUGACACUAACCUUACCAGAUCCGGUCAAAUGAUCGGUUCCAAAAUUUAAUUAAAAAUUGUACAUUCGUUAUUUCUUUUGCUCAUCUGACUUUAUGUAAAUUCUUAUAUUAACAGAAAUUGAGAAAUUGAUUAAUCAGAUAAUAUAAGAAUUAUAUAAAGUUAAGUGAAUAAAAGAAAUAACGAUGAAUGUACAAUUUUAAAUUAAAUUUGGAAACCGAUUAUUAGAACGGGCCUGGUAAAAUUAGUGUUAAUAACUGGUAGCAAAAGAUGUACGUAAACCGGGAAUAUAUUAUGGGCAAUAUGCCAUUCGAUAUAUAGUUAAUAAUGACGACUGUCAUCUACCAAAUUAUCACCUAUAAAAUUGUAAUGCGGUGAAAAGAAAGUGAAAACUAUACAAUAAUUAAAGAGCUCAUAAUAAAGACAAUCCUUAUCAAUUUUUGUCUUUAACUUUUAUUCCAUAUAUUCUAGUACCUUAUUGUAUGCUGAGUUUUACAAAAUAAUUUUGUAUCAUAUAAUUCGCAUUAUUAGCGAUGGUAAAUACGUUUAUCCAUAGCGUUUUUAAUUAACGCUAACUUAAAGAUCGUAUUAAAAUGCAUCGUUCGAUAAUACAUAUCAUUAACUACUUAUUUUUAACAAAAAACUGGGAUAAAUUUGCAAAAUUUGUUCUAGAUGUUUUUGUGCAGUUGCGUAUAAAUGUACUAUGUUCAAGGUGGAGAGAAUAAUUUUAUGUGUAAUGUUCCUGAGUAUAAUUCUGAAUGACUGAGUAUUUGUAUAAUCAUUAAUAUUAAUAAACAGUUUGUACCUUGCAACUUCUAGUAUGAAAAAAACCUGUUGAAUUACUUGUUUAAACCUUAUGGAACAAUAAUUGGACUGCAGAUUUUUAUACAAAUUUAUAUUUUUAUACUAUACGAUAUAUUAUUAUACAGGUUGUGCCUACGCUUUUCCGUAUAACUUUGCCAACAGAUUCUACGAGUGAAAUUAAAAAAAAGUAUCAUAUAAACAUAAGUUUGAAAAUGCUUCGUUAAGAAACUAUAACAAAAAUUCGAAAUAACAACGUAUAGAUUUUCGUUCGAUAGCAUAAGAACAGAUUGGCAAUAUUUAUCUGAUCUGUUUAUAGAAGCUGUGUAAAUCCUGAGGUCGUUAAUAUAUAAGAGGAAUUAAUGCAAAAAUAUUUAUAAUUUAUAAAUGAAUUAUGCUCAAUAAAAUGCAAGGAAAUCAACGAGAAAUUUGCAAUAAAUUCAAUAUCUGACAAAUGCCAAAGCUGUAUUUAUAAGAAUGGACGACACUUUGAAAUGGAACUAACGUAGGUAUAUAUCGUCAAUUGUUAUUUCGAAUUUUUGUCAUAAUUGUAUAACAAAGCAUUUUUGAGCGUAUGUUUAUAUGAUAUUCUUACUUAUUUUCACUUGUAGAUUCUAUUGGCAAAGUUAUACGGAACAAAGUAAGGAUCUCCUGUAUAUAAUACAACUUUAAAGAAAUAGAAUUUAAAUAGAGAUUCGUUUCCUACAAAUUAUAAUGAAUAUGAAGUUAUAUAUAUAUUAUAUACAUUCUGUCCACUCUUGUAUCUUUAAAUUUCACAUAAAUGCAUAAAAAUCCACAAUCCAGUUAUUGGCAUACAUUACAUAUGUAGGGUACUAAUAACAUUUCUUUCAUAUUUUUCUAAAACUGCAGAGUAUAUUAAAAAAUACGAUUAGAUCGAUCAUAACCAAAAGAACGUAGCAGGGUUAAUUGUGUAAGAGAAUACAGGUAUAGAAAUCCUCCCUUGUUAACUGGCCAGAUGCGGUAUUGCUUCUGUAGAUACCUUUAACCCCACGCGUACGCGUAUGUGUGCGCAAAAUACUCGUAAAGAAGCGCAAUAUAUUUAUAGCUAGAGAUAAAUAUACAUUUUGGCAGUGAUCCAAAUUAUCAUACGUGCGAGUCCGAAGCGAGUAACGGCCUAACCCUCGUAAUAGCAGCACCGUGUCAGUGGUAUUAGUGACGUCUAUCGACGUUGUGAUCGUCGCAACUACCUAGAGAACAAAAAUAAGGGAAAAGAAGAAAUCAGUGCGUCAGUGAAAAACGUCGAAACAUGUAAACGAACCGUGAAUGUUAAAAAAUAGAGAAACGCUUUGAACAAGUGCACUCGUUACGCCUAGUGAUCGGUUACAAGAUUACAAUUAUACUUAUGUUGUUCGUUUAUUAUAUUCGUUUAAUAUGAGACUAGAGGGUUUCCUCGUAUUUUGUAUCCUCGAAAUGAAAGAUGUACUCAUGAAAAAUGCGCUCGAGCAUUUUUAACGACGCCUAGGACAAAUUUAAUCCCACCCGCCUGCUGCAUUUGGGUGAACAUCGAUCAAAAAUCGGACAAAUAAUGGCACCGUUGAUGGAUGAAAGACAAUUUGGAACCGCGUCGACACACAGGCUGUAGAUUCCAUCAAGGUUUCCUAAACGUAAAUUCUGCUAGCGUCAAUAUCGAUUGUUCGUUGAGCAAGCCUUUAUACCUGUUAGAAUUGUGAAAGGCACAUCGAAAUAUAUCUGCGCCCCAUGUGACGCUUUUGCGAGAUAUGCUCUGCUGGAAAUCGUCGAGAUUUCCGAUUACCAACCUCGUAUAUUUCUCACGUAACUCGUUUAUGGUGAAUGCACCACAUGUAUUCCUCGAAGAAAGGAGAUCCCCUCUGUCCACUUGGUUUCCAUCCACAAGUGCGAUGGCCAACCCGUUGCAAAAGAUGCUUCAGAGAUUACAAGGAGCACGGAGGCAAGAAAGAUAGCUUGAAGGAUAUCACAUCGUCGUCACCUAGUUUAUCGUACGAGCAAUCUUCAGGCCGAUCUGCCGAGAAUGGAAGACGUGGUUGGUCUUCAGCGACAAAUUUGGCAAAAGAUGACUUUAGAGCAAGCUCAGAGUCAUCGUACGCAGCAGCUGGUUGGACUUCGCUCAUGGAUCUUUCUGCUAUCGACAACGAAGAGAGAUUGGAAGAUAGGAGGCCAACCAAGUUACAAAUUAAGGAGGUUAUAGAUAACAGCAAUGAGAGCGCCUCAGAAAAUGACGUCGAGUUCAUAAUCCAGGUGAAGAAGUCGAAGACUGGUUCUUCGAAAAGCAGCGAAAAAAAUGGAGAACGACGAAUGGCAAGCGAAGAAUGGACGGAAAAAAGCGAGGUAGAACAGUUAAGGCUACAAGUAAGAGAAUUGCAAGCGCGAUGCGAGAGGGCGGAAAAGGAAAAGAGCGAGAUCCUGAUGAGGCGAUUAGCAACUAUGGAAACCAUAUCGAGUAAAGCUGCACCGAAUGAAGUACAGAAAUUACAGAAGAAGAAUGAAGCGCUUACGCAAGAAAAGAACAGUUUAUUGACCAAGAUAAGGGACCUGGAGAAAGAAGUGAACUCGAAAACGUUUAGAGGAGAACGAGACCGGGAAAAGGAUGAGCUACGUUCGAAAUUGAAGGCAGCAGAGAAUUUAUGCGAGAGUUUGAUGGAUGACAACGAAGAUAUGAAGAAAGAAAUACGGCAAUUGGAGGAAGAGAUAUACGAACUGCAAGAUACGUUUAGGGAUGAGCAAGCGGACGAACACGUUCGUUUGCGAAAAAGUUUGGAACAGUCGAAUAAGAAUUGUCGAAUCUUAUCGUUUAAACUGAGGAAAGUUGAGCGGAAGGUGGAAGAACUAGAAACUGAGAAAGCUACUCUGGAAAAGAAAUACGAAGAGGUGAAGAAAGUUGAAGAAACGUUGCAAAAGGUUAAAGGAGAAUUCCAAAGUAGGCCUCUGAAAAAGGCGACUGAAUUUACAACUAAAGUACAAUUGAAGAAGAUGGUGGAAGAGAUGGAAAAAGAAAUAGGAGAUAUGAUGACUGUCUUCACGAAUAUUUCUGAUGGCAAAGAGGUGGACAUUCAGGACAUGAAAAUCAAGGAUAACCACGGGAAAUACGACAAACUCUCAAAGGAGCAUGAAUUACUUAAGGAAAAGCUCGAUUCUGUUAUGAAAGAGUUGUUAGAUGAGAAAGAAAAGAAGAAAUUCAGUACUAAAGUCGAGGAAAAAAAUAUGGAUUUGCAAAACACAAAAAAGAAAUUGGAGGAGGCAGUGACAUUGAGAGAAAACGAAAGGAAGACAUGGGACCAGGAGAAGACAGCACUGCUCGAGGAAAAAGAGAAGCUAAAAUCGAAGCUUCUCUCUCUAUCCGCAGAGAAACUUAAAGUGUAUAACGAAACUGUACAAUUGAAAAAGGAUCUAGAAACAGCCAAGACAUCAGAGAACGAAGGUGCAAAGUUGGAGAAAACGAUAAACGAUCUGAAGAAAGAAUUGCUUUUGGAAAAAGAUAAAUCGAAGAAGCUACAAGAUGAUUUGUCAGGAUAUACGGAACGAGAAUCGAAAAUGAAACAAUCAAUGACAUCAGUUGAACAAACAAAGACUAAGCUCGAUACUGAGUUAAAACGCUUGAAGAAGGAAUUAGAAAACACAAAAACCUCCAAUUCCACGAAAAUAAAUGAUCUGACUAGGGAGGUCUCGGAAUUAAAGAAAGAAAAGGAAAAAUUGUUAUCUCAAGUCGAUCAAGAGAAAGAAUCAAAGGAGAGUGAAGUAGCUACCUUGAAAAAGAAGAUCAGUGCAUUGGAGAAAACAGGAUUGAACACGAAACGGAUGAAUGAAUUGAGGCAGACGUACAAUGAAAAAAUUCUGAUGGCCUAUAUUUUAGAUUUGGAGAACGAGCUCAAGAAAGGACAACUGGAAUAUGAUAAUCUGAAUGACAAAUACAAGGAAUUGACGAAUUUGAAAAAGCAAUUGGAUUUGGAUAAUGAGUCGCUUAAUAGCAAAUUACGAGAGCAAAAUAUAGAGCUGAUAGGUAUUCGUAGAGAAUUGGAAUCAAUGCGACAAUCAAUGAAAAUAAAAGAAAGCGAAUGGCGAUCAGAGAGAUCAGCUCUAGAAAAUCGUAUACGAGAGAGUGAGCUGCCAAACAAAGCAUUGAUAACAGAUUUGAAUAAUGACAUAAGCAAUUUGAAGAAAGAAAACAAUACAUUAGUAACGCGAUUAGAAGAUUUAAGAAAAGCGAACGACGACCUUUCUGACAAACUGAAGGACUAUGAAGCAGUAUCAAAGAUCCAUCAAGCUCUGACACCAGACACAACAGCUUUGGAGUCGGAGAUACGAAAAUUGAAAAACGCCCUUGAAAACAUGGAGAAAGCGAAGAAAGCUGAUUUAGCUCAAUGCAAAAUGCGUUAUGAGCAUAGAAUCACUGCUAUCAACGAUGAAAUUCAAGCUAUUCAAAAUCAAUUGUCUAGGUACAAACGCGAGCGCGAUACAUAUAAACAUAUGUUAGAAGGUGCUCAAAAAACUAUCGCAGAAUUAAAGUCUGCUAGAGGUAGACAGUCGAACGCAUCUUCUGGAAAAUCUGACGAGGAAGAGGAAGUAUCUGGUGCCAGUAAAUUGGUUCUAGAAACGCAGAUUAAUAGCUUGGAAGACGAGCUUUCUGAAGCGAGAUUAGAAGCAUCCAGAUUGAAAGCUGAAUUGGUAUCCGAAAAGUCAGCGAGUCAUGUUAAAGUAUCUGAACUGCAGUCGCGAAUUAACGAGCUCGAAGAAGAGAAAGUGCUCACUAGUGGUAGAACGAAGAUUCCAGGACUGAAAGUUCGUAUGGAGUUAGCGUGGCAAAAAGAAAGAGAGGAGCAUCAGAGAUUAUUGCAAGAGACCGCUACACUGGCGAGGGAUUUGCGACAAACUCUAUUCGAAAUUGAAAGAGAACGUUCCAAGGAAAGGCUGGAGAAUAAGAGACGGCAAGAUCAAUUGAAAAAGGUGUACGAUGAAGAGAAAGAAGAAAGCAAGAAGAAAUUGUUAGAGUUACAAUGCGAUUUGCUCGAAUUAAGGGACGCUCACGCAAAAUUAAGGACCAGUAACGAAAAAAUGAGACGCGAAAAGGAACGUCACGAGAAGGAGAGAGAAGAACUCAAAGAUGUAAUACUGAAGAAAUGUAAACAAGAACAGAUUGAAUUACGAAAUCUGAAUGUAUUGAUGCAACAAGUCAAUGACUUGAUGAAACUUUUCCCCGAAUUGAACGGUAUAGCAGAAAAUGGAACUGCAAAUACUUAUACACCGACUCCACCAAGACGAUUAAAGGGACCAAAAUCUAGGGAAUCAUCGCCACUGUCGGAUUCGAGAAGCGAUAUAAGAGGUUCAAAUUCCCAAUUUAUUGAGAGAACAGAAAAAUUAGAGUAUACCGUUAAAAAAUUAAUGGAUGUGGCAAAAGAACUGAAAGAAUCGAAGAAAUCUGCGGACGAAGUAAAUACAACACGAUUGAAGAAACUUGGCAAGAGAUCAACAUCCGUGGAAAGUGACCCGGGGAAAGGUAUAACAACAUCUCGUUCGAAACCACGUUUGAAGAGAAAGAGUUUAUCUUUAGAACAGACAUCAGUACGAAAUGAAGAAUCACGCAUUUGGGGCACUGAUAGCAACAUGUCCAGUUUGCAAUCAUUAGAAAGUUCAGACGCUGAAGGACGAGCACAAAGUUUGCAGAGAGAUUCCAGUGUUGACAGUCGCCUCUCUACCGGUUCUACUAAAAGCGAAAUGUUGGAGCGAGAAAAAAAGCAUAGUAAAGGUAUAAUAAAAAAGAUUACAACUAAAUUGACUAAAUCAGCCAGUGUGGAUGAUCCAAAUAUUUCUAUGGAUCUUUCUCUUCAAACAUCGGGAUCUGAAACAAGCAUCAAUGAGAAGACUGAAAAGAAAAAUCUAAAGAAAAAAUUAACAGACAUGUUCAAAAGAGGAUCAAGAAGCAGCAGUGUAGAGAAGAAGAUAAGUUCUACGAAUCAUAGUAGGCCAGCAUCGAGAAACUCUACAACGUCGAACAAAUAAUUCGAUUAUAAAUUCCGAGGAAAAUAUGUCAUUAUAGAUACUAUACUAUUAUUCAAUUGUAAUGACAACAAAUAAUUCUGAACACCGAAUAAUACAGAAAUAAGGGUUUGCUCA